CUUUGGACGUAGAAAGUUGAAACCAUUUCGGCGAGUCUUCUUCUUUUGUGCGGUCGGCAAGGCAAAAUGCUAAGAGCUGCAACUUCUCAUUCACCGGCGAUUGCCAUUCCGGCGGCUCUAUUGGCUCUCUCUGCUGCCAGAAUCUCGCCCUCUCCAUCCUUUCCCAGGCUCUCCACUUUCGCCCUCGCUCUUGCCGGAAGAGCCUCCUUGCACUGUACACUCAGUCGCCGUUUUCCCGUCCCCGGGAGGGUCAAUCUCUCAGUCAUGUCAGACCGGCUUCCUGUUUCUAAAGGCAUCAGAGCUUCAUUUAGUUCUGGAAGCAGUUCAGAACACAAUAGGGAAAUAUUAGUUCAGCAUUUGCUCGUGAAAGAAGAUGACCAGAAGCUUUUGCUGGAACUUCAGAAAAGAAUUGCACAAGGUGAGGAUCUUAGUGAUUUGGCUGCUGAAUAUUCAAUUUGCCCAUCAAAAGAAGGAGGAGGAAUGCUUGGUUGGGUGAGAAAGGGGCAAAUGGUGCCAGAAUUUGAGGAAGCUGCAUUUGGUGCACCCAUUAACAAGGUUGUCAGAUGCAAAACAAAGUUUGGAUGGCAUUUAUUGCAAGUCCUAUCUGAGAGGGAAGAAUCCAUUCUUGAGCAUAUCCAACCCAAUGAGCUUUACGUGAAAUUGCACGAUCCCACUUUCAUGGAAGAUGCUCAAUUGGUUGAUGUUCGGGAACCAGAAGAAGUAGCCAAAGCACAUCUGCCAGGCUUUCAGGUUCUUCCACUUCGCCAAUUUGGAGAAUGGGGACCCGAAAUUACAACUAAGUUUGAUCCUCAGAAGGAUACAUAUGUCCUGUGUCACCAUGGCAUGCGGUCUUUGCAAGUUGCCAAGUGGUUGCAGACACAGGGUUUUAGGAAGGUGUUUAACAUAGCGGGAGGAAUUCAUGAGUAUGCUGUGAAGGCUGAUCCAUCAAUCCCAACUUAUUGAUGCAGGGCUUUUCUCCCUACCUAUCCGGUUUUCAUUUUUUGGCGGAAAUAUAUUAAUCAGAUCUAGAACAGUUUUUAUUUUACCAAAUAUAUAUUUUUUUGGUAUUAUGAUCCCAAUCAAUUUUCUGAGGGAGUGCAGUCACACAGUGGUAUACAUUGUAGUUUUACUGUUUUACAUUUAAUAUGAUUUUCCCAUCUUUUAAUAAUUAUAUAUUCUUGAAAUGAUUGUGU